AGCCUUUCUAUAUAAAACGAAAAAGAAGAAAACUAAUACCAUAAGUGGUAUAGUCUAGGCCGAUACAUUUCACUAUCUCUCUCCUUUUUAUUCCUCUUAUCUUUUCCAUUUGAUUCUCCGACUCACACAAUGGGUUUUGAGAUCCCAAGGUCUCAAUUAUGAUGGCUUCGAGACAAAGAAUGGUAAGAAGAAACUAAAGAGAAACGACCAAAGCUUAAGCAAACAGUGUCUUGUCUUCUGUUGAAAAACAGAAGAAAAUGUCUUGUAAUAAUGGAAUGUCUUUUUUCCCUUCAAAUUUCAUGAUCCAAACCUCUUACGAAGACGAUCAUCCUCACCAAUCUCCAUCUCUUGCACCUCUACUUCCUUCUUGCUCACUACCUCAAGAUCUCCAUGGAUUUGCUUCGUUUCUAGGUAAGAGGUCUCCAAUAGAAGGGUGCUGCGAUUUAGAAAUGGGGAACAAUAUGAACGGAGAAGAGGAUUAUUCAGAUGAUGGGUCUCAGAUGGGAGAGAAGAAGAGGAGAUUGAACAUGGAGCAAGUGAAGACAUUGGAGAAGAAUUUCGAGCUUGGAAACAAACUUGAACCAGAGAGGAAAAUGCAGCUGGCUCGUGCCUUGGGUUUGCAGCCAAGACAGAUCGCGAUUUGGUUUCAGAACAGAAGAGCUCGCUGGAAAACAAAGCAGCUUGAGAAAGAUUAUGAUACGCUUAAACGACAAUUCGAUGCACUUAAAGCUGAAAACGAUCUUCUUCAAACUCACAAUCAGAAACUCCAAGCUGAGAUAAUGGGAUUAAAAAACAGAGAACAAACAGAAUCAAUAAAUCUGAACAAAGAAACAGAAGGAUCUUGCAGUAAUAGAAGUGAUAACAGCUCCGAUAAUCUCAGACUUGACAUCUCAACGGCGCCGCCAUCAAUCGACAGCACAAUAACCGGAAGCCAACCACCACCGCCGGAGACAAUCGGUAGACACUUCUUCCCGCCGUCUCCAGCCACCGGAACAACGACGACGAUGACGACGAUGCAAUUCUUCCAAAACUCGUCUUCAGGACAGAGUAUGGUUAAAGAAGAGAACAGUAUCAGUAACAUGUUCUGCGCAUUGGAUGACCACUCUGGUUUUUGGCCAUGGCUUGAUCAGCAACAGUACAAUUAAAAUUGGUCGAACUGUUUUGUUUUUAUUUAUAUAUAUAUAUAUAUAUAUAUAUAUUUGUUAUGAAUUUUGAUCAAAAGAACCCAUGCAUGUUUUCAAAAUUGGAAUCUAUCAUCAGCUCACUUUGAAAUCUGCAACCAAACAACAUCGAGUUUUUUUCUUCCUAUUUUUAAGUAAUGAGAUGUAAGAAGGGUAAAAAAUU